UGUCCAGAAAAUACUCUUCAAAAGAGUUUAUCCAUGUUUCUUUUUCCAGUUAGCAUACAACUUGCACCGUUUUCUCAAAUGCAGCAUUAUGUUCCUCCAUUUUGGAAUUCUGCUCCUUCGUUAUAGCCUUCUCCACUGUAGCCAAUUUUCUCGGGUCAGACACCGGCGUUCUGUUGCAACUAACAUGGCGUCCAGUAGCUCAGCCCCGACAGUUACCCCUGGUCAUAAUUCACUGGAGAGGCUCUCCAUGCUUCCUGAGAACCAGCUUCAGUGCCUCCUUACACUGGCUAGUGGCGACAACCCUGGAUUUGAGCGACUCUGCAACCCACUGUCCGUGUGCCGAAGGGCACCGCACGAGCUACUCAGUCUGGAAAAGUCAGUGUUCACUAUAUGUCAAGAUUGUGCUUGAUAGAAGACCGUACAUCAGGGAGGAUGAUCCCUACGGGUGAGUCUCAUGGGGGAUUCGGUACUUGUGCUCUAUGAUAUCUGAGGAUCGUACGCAAGCUGUGGCACAGGCGACUUGGACAUCCUUCUCCGAAGAUUACAAUUAAGGGUAUCACCACAUACAUGAAUAACUCUCUUAAUAAUUGUGAUAUUUGUUAUCGAGCAAAACAUAUUUGGUCUAACUUUUUGCCUAGAAUGAAUAAAAGUGAGUUUCCGUUUCAA